AUGGUCAAGUAUUACGGCAAAACCUCAUUGAAACAAUAUAUGAAAGAAACACCAGUAAAGUUUGGUGUCAAACUGUGGUCUAUAUGUAAUCCCGAAGAAUACUUAUUCGACUGCGACAUUUGCUAUGGCAAAGGGUCCAACCAUUAUUACCAACAAAAUAAUAUUACAUUGGAAAAAUGUUCUUUGGAUCGUCGAGUGGUCUUGAAGAUGCUGCAAGAACAUCUAACCACAGUCGUGUCGAGAAAGGUAGUAGACUAUCAUAUAUAUUUUGACAGUUUCUUCUGCAAUCCCGAUUUAUUGGUUAAUCUAAAAAAUGUUGGUGUACGGGCUACAGGUACAGUGAGGGCGAACAGAGUCACUGGCGUUAGUAAUCAUAUGAAUAAAGAAGCUCAACGCGGAUCUUUUUAUCGUGAAACAUGA